AGCUGGCCGCCUCUAGGCUGCGGCACGUGGGUUGGGCAGCCCAGCCGGAGAGGCAGAGCCCUGCCUGCCCGGCUGCUGCUGCUGCUGCUGUCACCGGAGGACCGGCUUAGAGGAAGUUCCAGGGACUGGAAGAGAGAGAGUAAGCAGUGAGCGGGCCCUGAUUGCGUCCGCGUCGGAAUCUCUCCCCUUCCCGGAAAGCGAUCCCCAGGCAUCCCUCGCUGGGCAGCUUCCUCCUUCCUCCUCCUCCUCCUGCGUUUUCUUUCCCUACUUGGGCAGAGAGGAGAGAUGUGUAAGAAGCCAGGGCUGGUGGUGUUUGACCUGGAUUACACCUUGUGGCCUUUCUGGGUUGACACGCACGUGGACCCCCCCUUCCAGAAAAACAGCGAUGGCUUAAUACGAGACCGGAACGGGCAAACCGUGAAGCUGUACCCCGAGGUCCCAGCUGUGCUGGAGCAGCUGCAUAAGGAAGGGAUCCCUAUAGCGGCUGCCUCACGGACAGGUGAGAUCCGGGGAGCCACUCAGCUCUUGGACCUCUUUGGCCUGAAACACUACUUCUCCCACACAGAGAUCUACCCAGGUAGCAAAGUCACCCACUUCCAGAGGUUAUGCCAGCAGACAAGGACUCCGCUCUCCCAGAUGCUGUUCUUUGAUGAUGAAAGCCGCAACAUUUACGACGUUAGCAAAUUAGGUACCUGGAGAUGUGUCACGUGUGUGCUCGUUCCCAACGGCAUGAAUCUUGCCCUCCUCAGCCAUGGCCUGGAGGCCUUCGCCCGCUCCUGAGUCUUGCUCUGGGGCUGACAAACCCCUACCUCAACAUCUGGCGUUUUUCCUUCAGUCCUAUCACCCGUGGGGUGCGCUGCAGAGUUUGACUUCAUACAAUAAAUCCCACACAUGUUUCCCUGCA